CAAUCGUUACGUUAAUUUCCUUUAAAAACUUAUUAAAGACGUUACAGUGAUAAAGAAAAUAGAGACAACUCUUGUUCGUCAGACCAAACUCAAAUCACGUUGCCACCGUUGAGAAUAACAAGAAAGAAAUGGAGCCAACAGCUGCAACGGCUGCCGCAGCCGCGUAUGGAAACCGUUUCCGAGACGCAGCUGCGGUGAAAGGUUACAUCGACGAUUCAGCCGCUGAUCAGACAAACGAUUACCAGAUGAAGAUAAAGAAAAGCAAAAAUGUUCCAAACGGGGAUGGUGCGGCGUCAAAGAGCUGGAGUUUCAGUGAUCCGGGAUCACGUAGGAAGAGAAGAGUAGCUGGCUAUAAGGUUUACUCAGUUAAACAGAAGAUGAAGGGAUCCAUUAGAAAAAGCUUUAAAUGGUUCAAAAACAUUAUAAGUACUUCUUGAAAUAUUGUGACUUUCUUUCUCAAUAUAUAUAUAAAUAUGUAAAACGGUGAAUCUGUUUGUGUUGAGUUUGCUAAAUAUCUGUAAUACAUACAAGAAAAACAAGAAUUGAGUUUUCGUUCGUAA